GCGCGCACGCGCGGAGCCGCCGUGUCCGGCGGAGGAAGAUGGCGGCGGAUCGCUGAGGGGACGGGACGGGGGAGCGCACCGGGACAGCUGAGCCGCCCGCCACGCCCGGGUCGCGCCGCCCCGCCGAGGAACCCCCAUGGCCGCGGGGACAGCACGGCAGCCGCCUCCCCGUUGCGUCCGCUCCGGCCGCGCAGCUCCCGGGCCCCGCUGAGCGCUCAGGCCUGACCCGCUGGGCCUGACCCGCCGCCGCCCCGAGGCGUCUGCGCCGGGCCGGGGCCGGGGAGCGGGGACGGAGGCAGCGCCGGCACCGCGCCCGCGGCCCCUCCGCAGCGCCCGCCCGGCCCCAGCCCGCAACGCGGAGGAGCAGCGGCCUUUCCGGGCCCAGCCCUCACCGGCCCCGCCGUCAGGAUGUCCGAGAACCAGCCGAAUGCCAACAACCACCACCCGGCCAACAACGCCGGGGCCGCCGGCGGCAACAACCGGGGUGUCCGCAACCCCAACCUCAACCAGAACCCCCUGAUCAACGUGCGGGACCGCCUCUUCCACGCGCUGUUCUUCAAGAUGGCAGUGACCUACGCUCGCCUCUUCCCUCCCUCCUUCCGCCGGGUCUUCGAGUUCUUCGUUCUCCUCAAGGCUCUCUUUGUGCUCUUCAUCCUGGCCUACAUCCACAUCGCCUUCUCCCGCUCGCCCAUCAACUGCCUGGAGCACGUGCGGGACAAGUGGCCCCGUGACGGCAUCCUGCGGGUGGAAAUCCAGCGCAACUCCAGCCGGGCCCCCAUCUUCCUGCAGUUCUGUGGGGUCGAGAAGUUCCCAGGAAUGGUGGUUGAGUCCACAACGGAGGAAGAGGAGGAGGAGGAGGAAGAAAUGACUGUGGAUAUGUUUGAGAAUAGUUCCAUCAAGUUUGAGCUGGAUAUCGAGCCCAAGGUGUUCCUCAAGCCAUCCCGGGUGAGCAGCACUGAGCUGCCCCACAACGACAGCCAGGAGUUCUCAUUUAGUGACGCAGCCACUAAAGGUAUGCAGCCUCUGCGGGAGACUGUGUCCGAGUUUGAGAUGCUAGCCCGAGCAGUGUGGCCACAGGAAGARUACAUUGUGGAAUACUCUCUGGARUACGGCUUCCUGCGCCUGUCCCAGAGCACACGGCAGCGCCUCAGCAUCCCCGUCAUGGUGGUGACCCUGGAUCCUACCAGAGAUCAGUGCUUUGGAGACAGGUUCAGCCGCCUGCUGCUGGAUGAGUUUCUGGGCUAUGAUGACAUCCUGAUGUCGAGCGUCAAAGCUUUAGCUGAAAAYGAGGAAAACAAAGGUUUCCUUCGCAAUGUGGUGUCYGGGGAGCACUAUCGCUUUGUCAGCAUGUGGAUGGCCAGGACRUCCUACCUGGCAGCCUUUGUCAUCAUGGUCAUCUUCACUCUCUCUGUCUCGAUGCUGCUGCGCUACUCACACCAUCAGAUCUUUGUCUUCAUUGUUGACCUGUUACAGAUGCUGGAGAUGAACAUGACCAUUGCGUUCCCUGCAGCUCCACUUCUCACUGUCAUCCUGGCUCUGGUCGGUAUGGAGGCCAUAAUGUCCGAGUUCUUCAAUGACACCACGACCGCGUUCUACAUCAUCCUCAUCGUAUGGCUGGCAGACCAGUACGAUGCCAUCUGCUGCCACACCAACACCAGCAAGAGGCACUGGCUCAGAUUCUUCUACCUGUACCACUUCGCCUUUUACGCCUACCAUUACCGCUUCAACGGGCAGUACAGCAGCCUGGCACUUGUCACCUCCUGGCUCUUCAUCCAGCACUCCAUGAUUUACUUCUUCCACCACUACGAGCUGCCAGCCAUCCUGCAGCAGAUCAGGAUCCAGGAGAUGCUGCUGCAGAACCAGCAGGUCGGCCAGGGCACCCAGACCACGCUGCAGGACAACCUCAACAACAACACCACGGCCGCCCCUGUCGAGGCUGGGGGCCGCCGAGCCCCGCUGGCCACCGGGCCCCCYGGGGAGGGCAGCGGUCCGGCCGCUCUGACCCCUGGAGAAGCCUCCAGCGUCAUCGCCGCCGCUGCCUCCGUGGGCAGUGACCUGAACUGGGUGGCUGAGACAGCCGCCAUCGUGACAGAGGCCUCGUUUCUGUCUGAUCUGAGCACGACCCUCCUGGAGCCCACCGUGGUGCACGAAGCUGUGGCCAACGGGACCCCUCAGGAGGCGGCCACAGCCUCUGGCUUGGUUGCCCGCAUCAGGGUCAGCAGUGACCACCCAGAGACGGCCGUGGGCUCCAUCACCAUCGAGGUCACCUCAACGUCCGUGGUGGCUGCAGCAGAUGCUCCCCCCGCUGCUGGGGCGGCACCCUCCUCRCUGCAGGAAGGGGCUGUCCCCAGCUCCAGCCCCUCCCUUCCCAAGCAGACUGAGGCUCUCGAGGGCUCAGACAGCCGAGCAAAACCCAAUGGCAAGAACUGCAUGGGCAGCAGCAGCRUGGCAGAGCCCCUGCCAGCCUCGGGGGGGGACAGUGACCAGGACAGAGGCUUGGAGGACCCGGGGGAGAGGAGCCCCUGCCCAGCACCAGCAGAGAGAACRCCCAGCUCGGAGCUAAGCUCCAGGAACCUGUCCUGAGCCCUGUUCCUGUCGCUCUGGAACUGCCGGGAAGGCAUUUGGAUUUUCUUUGUUACUAUUUCUCACUUCACCAUCAUCCUUAACCCAUGGAUCCCUCUGAGCAGAGCUGGAGCAGCUGGGGCAGAGCAGGGCUGCAGUGACCUCCCUCCCCUGGGAAAGGCAYGGGGGGCUGUGGGAAGGUUGGGGGGGUUUGGUCCCCUGGCCCACGUGGCUCUGGGGCUCCUCUGAGGCCACAGGUGASCCAGCCACCACUGUGCCCCGCUCGUGCCCUAAGUUUUCCUUGUCCCCCAAUCCCCAGCUUUGCCCCUGCAGCUGUAUUUGCAGUCCAGGUGCUGAUCCCAGGUGGGAGCUGACCUGGGACACUCCACACGUGUGGCAGCUUUGUGGUGAGAGUAGGAGUGGAUAGAACAGGCAGAGAGUGUCCAGCCCCCGUGGGAGGCCACAGUGGCCAUUCCUGGUCACCUUUCCUGCUCCUGCUCCUUUUACCUUCCCCAGGCACAAGGUCUGCCCAGGCCAGGGCACAACCAAAGGAGAAGCUGCCGUUCAGCCCCCUUUUCUCUGUCCUCGAAUUUCCCUCAGCGAGUGGGUUGGGAGGUGGACGGUGCUGUGUCCAGGUGGGAGCUGCCCUCAGGAGCUGUGAGUGAUGCUUGGCCGUGCUGCAAUGGAUGUCUGGAGGAGUGUGGGGCCAGAGCAGCAGCUCUGUCCUGCACAGCUCUGCUCUGGGUGAGGCAGCUGCUAUCCAGUGCCUUGUCCCUCCUGUGGGACACGUCUGUGUUUAGGAUCAGCUCCAUCCCAGAGGAGAGUGGCUCCUCAUGCCUGGACUGUUGCAUGAGCUGGUUUAGCAAAGAACCAAAACACUAAAGCCAAGACAUUUCAGCUKAUUUUCCCCCAAUUCCCUGGCAGUGGAGGGUGAGGCUGGCAGAGCUCAAACGCCUCUGCCAAGAGCUGAGCUGCAGUGCUGCCUGUGGGCCCUGCAGAGGGGCCAGAUCCGUGCCAGGAUGUGCUGGAGGUGGAGCAGAGUGAGGUGGGGUGAUGAAGCUCUGGGAGAACCACGGUGGGACAGGGCAGGGACAGGAGGUGAUGGGGACAGCUGGGUCCCUACACAGUUGUCCCCAAGUACAGCAUUGUCCCCCUAAGGCUGAGCAGCGUUUGGAGUCCGUCUCCCUCAGAGGGCUCUGUGCCGUUUCAGUGUUUCCUUGUCAACAGGGGGACUCAGACCCCCUCCUCACCCCUCUGCCUUUCCCACCUGGGUGCCCCUUUUUUGUGUUUCCCUUUUGCCUGGAGCAGCCGUGGUGCUGCUCCGGGSCUGGGGCGACCCUGCUGUGCCCAGCAGG